CGUCUUCUCCGAACCUCCACGUAAACACAACUCCUCGACACUCCUCCCACCACCACCCACAUACCCCACACACGAUACCAUGUCCCGAAACGAACCCGUAUCCAUCCCAGACCCCGAGGAAGCCGCAGUCCAAGCCCAAAACCGCGAUGUCGUCGACCCGUUAAUUAGAGCUCAUAUCUACUCCAUUUGUACAGCGCUCGGAGGCGCGUCCGUCGAAGAGGAUGGGAGGUAUACACUUGGCGACGACGCGCUUGCGUGUCUGAAGGAUCUACGGAGAUGGCUGAAGCUUUAUGAUGAGAAAUUGAAUCGAUACGAUGUGGCCAGAUGUCUGAGCGAGAUGAACCUGGUGGGAGGUGAUCUGUUGCCGAUUAUUGCCAUGUGGAAGGAGGAGGAUACUAUGGUGAAGCCAAUACAUCGGUUAACGGUAGCGUGCAUUGAAUUACUCACCCCAUUGACAUGGCCGUUCGAGAAACAAAACGAGCAGAUGACGGUCAACCACCACCGCCACAUCCCGGUGCUGCAGCACGCGCAGGCCCGCUACAAGACCGCAAUCCUGCAACAUAGUUCCAAAAAGAUCCUCAAAGACAUCAUCCGCGCGGCACUCCCCGCAAUGGCAAUGCCGUCGUACGACCGGGGCGCUCGUGACGAAGGAAUCAUCAAGCUGGUACUCUACACACUGCGGAACAUCGCGAUCAUCGAGCACCCAGAGCCGGGCGAGAAUGAGGCGGGAGAGGAGAUCAACAGGAGUGCGACUAUAACGGCGUACGCAGAGCAGAAUGUGCUGGACCUCUUGCUCACGAUUGCGUCCGGCAUUGCGGACGACUUCAGGGCGCACGAUACAGUUGUUAUGGAGGUGUUGUAUCAUCUUAUCAAGGGCUUGGAUGUUGAAGCCAUCUUUCGGUCAGAUGGCGAGGAGUCGGAGAAGCGCGGGAACGAUCUUGCGCAGCUGUUGAAGCGGGAAGAUGACCUGAAGCGGGCUGCCUCGAGGUCUUCGACACGACAUAACCGCUUCGGCUCGACCAUCUGGAUGGAGAGGACCGAUGGGACACGGUCGUUCGUGUCCGGCCAGGAUGCCUUGUUGACCAAGGACACCGGCCUGGAAAAGCUCGACAAGGCGAAAAAGUGGAAAAAGGCUCGGGGUGCGGAUAAAGCAGGCGUCUCCCUCAAGACGGAAUUCGACAUGACGGUAAGCUUGACCACCGGCGCAAAGAAGCAUUUCCGCCGGUUUGUUGAGGAUUUCAUCGAUUCCGGGUUCAACCCGCUAUUUGAGUCUAUCCGCCGAGCUAUCGACCGUGAUGUCGAACGCCUCCUCGAUUCGCAUACGACGGAUCGCUGCGAAGGACCGGAAAAGAAAGGCCUCCCCGCAGAAGAGGAUAGUUGGGCAGUCGUGUCGGCGGUCCUCAACCAGCAGUUCCUGAUCACGCUCAACAGGAAAAUGAUAGAAUGGUUUGAAAUGAAGCAGUGGACGGCCUUGCAGGCAGGAAUGAGGUGCUUUACCCAGAUCCUCUAUACAGUACAGGAGAUGGCACUGUCGCCGAUCGAGGACGACCAGGAGAUUGCCGAGAAUAUACAGAACCGUCUAUUCUACGAAGAGACGACUAUGGAUUUGAUUUACAACAUCUGCCGGUCGUAUACAAAACAGCCGUUCAAAUGGCUCGAUGACUGCACAGAGAUGGCAUACGUCCACCUCAAGCUCCUCGAGAAGUACUCACAGCAGCACGAACACAUGUUUGUUCGGUCACGCCGGCGCCAGUCCAAAAAAGCCAAAGAAAAGGCCGCCGCCCUCGGCGAAGCCGCCGAGCACGAAGAAGACGAUUCUGAGCUGGUCGCCGCCAGCAAAAGUGCAGCUGCAGAGCGCGCCUUCGACUUCACAAAGUUCGAGGCCAAAUACCUGAACCAGAACUGCAUCAACACGUUUAUCGCGUUUCUCACCUACUAUCAGGAGCUCAAUGCGACCCAGAUCAUGCGCGCCAUCAAGAUGUUUCAUCGCAUCUCGGAAAAGAGGAAGAUGGAGGUGCUGCUGUACAGACUGGAUCUGGUGAAUCUGCUGCAUCGCAUGAUGCAGGGCUCCGCGGCUCUGGACAGGAAGCAUCCGGCAUACAAGGAGGUCGACCAGUUCACAAAACAUUUCCUGCGGAAGCUGUUCAAGAAAUUGGAGGCCGAGCCGGCGAUGUAUGUGGAGCUCCUCUUCACGAAGCUCUCCAGUACGACGCACUACCUCCAGCACGGCUACACCAAGGAAUUGCACGUCGCAAAACCGCGUGCCGCAGCGGAGCUCAUGAUCAAACCUGGCUCGGGGGUACAAUCACACUCGGACCAGGUUGGCGUCGGAGUUGCCGCACUACUGGACGACAACAAGUCCAGCGACGUGGAGUGGCUCAAGGACGUCAUCAGGAAAGCCGUAACGGAGCGCAAAUCCUUCGAAGACGAAUCCGCGGCGCGUCUCACGCUCGAAGCCCACGGUCCCUCAUCAGAAGCCGCACCUUCCCCCACCACCGCCGGCACACCACCCGACAUCCUCAUUGACCCCAGAACCGACGAGCGCGCGCGGGCGCUAUUCAAGGACGCAGUCCUGCGCUUCCUUCUCAAGCUCGUAGGCUGCGAACCCGUAGAACCAAACGAGACGCCAGAGACGAAAUGGCUCAUCCCGGCGCGCCACACCUCGCAAACCCUGGCCGAGAACCUAACACUCCUGCAGAAAUUCGCCAACGACCCUCCAACGUUCGACAACACCGCCGCCGCUGACCUGCUAAAGCGCAAACUCCCCUCCACCACAGCGCGCACCCGCCGCCCCGUGCUGUCUUCCGACUCCUCAGGCUCCUCCGCCGACGAGGAGGACGAGGCCACAGGCUUAUUCGAGCCCGGCGGUCCAACCAGCGUGCACGCGCCGCAGCGCAGCAAGGGCGCCAAACGCAAGCGGCGCCUGGUAGUCGAGGCGGAGGCGGCGAACGAAGAGCUCAGCGCGCUAGCCCUCGAGAAGCGCCGGAAGCGCGAGGAGGCGGAGAGACUAAAGCUGUCGAAGAUCAAGAGCGACAAGUUUGUGCACGAUAGUGAUGACAACAGUGAUGUCGAGGGUGACGAGAUGUUUUAUGCCCGCGAGAGGGAGAUUAGAAGUCUCGGACCGCAGCCGGUGGUUAGGCCUGAGAAGCUGCCGCUGGUGAGGGGUGGUGGGAGUGAUGGGGAGGAGGGGGACGGGGACGGGGAAAGGGAGGCGCCAACGAAACGGAGGAAGAAGGUGGACAAGCCGGAGAAGGAGAAGAAGAGUAUCUUUAAUGAUGAUGACUCGGACGACGAGGGGGGGAGGGAGAGGGAGAGGGAGAGGGAAAGCACCAUCGAGCCGAUCACGAGGAAAACUGGCGCGGUGAUCAUCUACUCCAGCUCCGAUUCCGAAAAAGAGGAUGUGGUUAUGCGAGACGUUUCCGUCGUCGAUGAAGCUGAAGACGCCGACAGUGAGAGCGAGGAGGAUAAACCGGUAGCUGCUCGAAGGAGAAGAGCUGUCGUCGUGGAUAGCGACGAUGAGUAGAUCGGAGUAGUGACAUAGACAUAUACCCUGCGGCCUGGGUUUGAUAGAAUAAUAGAUAAAC